AUUAGAAUCUUAAUACUUAAGUAUUUUCAACAAAAAGCUUUAUCCAAUACAAGUCAAAGACGCGUUAAAAUAUAUCUAUAUAUAUGUUGUUGCACUCAUGUUUAUUUGUGUCUGGUGGGAGGCUUGUUUGCACGUGUUGAAAACAUUAAGCAUCCUGUUACCUGAUAAAUUUGUUAAUUUUUUUAUUCAGAAUUGUAACUGUAUGAUGGAUGGAUACUUUCAUAAUGGAGUGACAGACGUUGAUGCUGAUUUUCUUAAUUUGCUUUCGGAUUUACCCGAAAAUUUCGAACAAGAGGAAGAGAAUAGUGUUGGUGUAGAAGACUGGGAAGCUUUGUUUCAACGCCUUGGCCCAAUCCCUUUGGAUGUUCUUCAGGGAACUUGCCAGAAUGAUGGAAAUUCUCAUUUCAAAGAAUCAAGCGGCUUUCAAGCACCAAGCCCAACUUCUGUCCUUGAUAGCCGAAGCUCAGGUUCAAGAGUAAAAAGCACAUCAAGCAGCCCUGAACUUUUCAUCCCAGUCCGAACUCGAACGAAGCGCCCACGACAUUCAACUACCUGCAAGUGGCAUUUGAUUACUCUUUCAACUCCUGAUAGUGCAAUGAACAAGAAAGUUAAGAAGAAGAAGAGAAAGAGAAUGAAACAUACCUCAGAUGCCAUAGAGGAGAAGGGAUAUUGUUCUAAUCAGACUGUAAGUGGCAGAAGAUGCUCCCAUUGUCAGGUGACGCAUACCCCACAAUGGAGGGCCGGACCAGAAGGGCCAAACACCCUUUGCAAUGCAUGUGGAGUUCGUUAUCGUGCCGGUCGUCUCGUUCCUGAGUAUCGUCCUGCAGCCAGCCCUACUUUUGUUCCAUCAGUGCAUUCAAACUUCCACAGAAGGAUUAUACAGAUGAGGAACAAAUCCAUCCAGGAAUCUUCUGUGCCACAGAUGCACCCUGCAACAUAUUCAUCACAGGCAGAAUUGUUUCCCUUGCAUGUUGCACAAGUUGACCGCAAUUUUGUUCCAGAAGCUUUAGUUCCUGAGCAGCACCCUCCUGCAAGGUCACCACCAAUAGAGUUUGUUCCCAUGAGUAGUUACUUGUUCGAUUGCAUAUGAGGAAGUAGAGGCUAAUGUUUUCAUUAGGGAACUCUUAUUUUCAUGUGUCAGUCUUGUGUUCAACUGUGUACAAAUCUGAAUUGAAGCUUUUUAGCAUUAGGAAGGAAAAAAGAAAUAGAUGCAUCAGCUUAGAAUAUUCAAUAGAAAAUAGUAAAGCAUGAGAUGAAGGGCGCAAACUUGGUUAUAGACGCAUGAUUGCUUUCAGAUAUUAGAUUUCCCUGUUAUUCAUGUCAAA